GCGAGUCGGAGAGCGAGCGGGAGUCGGGCCGGGCGCCCAGGGUCGACCCGGGCUGUGCGGGCGCAGGCGGCGCAGGGACGGGAACAGGUUACUCUGCAGUGGCCCCAGCCACUGAGAGGGAAACUCCGGUUGUGCCUGGCCUGGUAACCGGCUAGCUCCCGUUGGGGCUGGGGGCUGACGCCACCACAGAGCCCGGGGAGGGGUCCCCAGCUCCCUCUGCCGCAUCCUGCAUCCCAAGCCCGGCCCCCUCCCUUGCCCUGGCUGCCUCGGGGCGGGGGCUCCGGGCUCGAUGACCGUGGACAGCAGCAUGAGCAGUGGGUACUGCAGCCUGGAAGAGGAACUGGAAGAUUGUUUCUUCACUGCUAAGACCACCUUUUUCAGGAAUGCGCAGAGCAAACAUUCUCCAAAGAAUGUCUGUAAGCCUGUGGAGGAGCCGCGGCGCCCGCCCACGCUACAGGAGAUCAAGCAGAAGAUCGACAGCUACAACACGCGGGAGAAGAACUGCCUGGGCAUGAAGCUGAGUGAAGAUGGCACCUACACAGGUUUCAUCAAAGUGCAUUUGAAACUUCGGCGGCCAGUGACAGUGCCUGCUGGGAUCCGGCCCCAGUCCAUCUACGAUGCCAUCAAGGAAGUGAACCUGGCGGCCACCACUGACAAGCGGACGUCCUUCUACCUGCCACUCGAUGCCAUUAAGCAGCUCCACAUCAGCAGCACUACCACAGUCAGUGAGGUCAUCCAGGGGCUGCUCAAGAAGUUCAUGGUCGUGGACAAUCCUCAGAAAUUUGCACUUUUUAAGCGGACACACAAGGAUGGACAAGUGCUCUUCCAGAAGCUCUCCAUCGCUGACUGCCCCCUCUACCUGCGCCUGCUCGCUGGGCCUGAUACUGAUGUCCUCAGCUUUGUGUUAAAGGAGAACGAAACUGGAGAGGUGGAGUGGGAUGCCUUCUCUAUCCCUGAACUCCAGAACUUCCUCACAAUCCUGGAGAAAGAGGAGCAGGACAAAAUCCAGCAAGUGCAGAAGAAGUAUGACAAGUUUAGGCAGAAACUGGAGGAGGCCUUAAGAGAAUCCCAGGGCAAACCCGGGUAACCGGUCCUGCUUCCUCUCCUCUCAAUGCUCUCAGAUUUAUUUUUAUUAUUUUAUUAUUUUGCAACAGACACUUUUUUCUCAGGACACCUCUAGCGGGUACAUUUGUGCCCGCCCAGCAGUUCCAGCUGUGGCACAAAAUCUCUUCCAUGGACAAGUGUUUGUGCAGGGUUGACUCCUGCUCACCCCGACGCCAUGCUCCUCAACAGGCUCUGCCAAGGAUCAGAACUCAUGUGAAUUGAACAGCUGUCGUCCUCUCACACUCUGCAAGCCUUCUGGAAACCAAAUAGUUGCCUCUCUUGUCACCAGACUGGAACCGAUCACAUCAGCCAGCAAAAGAAGGAAGAAAGAUUUUAAAGCUCCAUGUUCUUUCUCUGGCUUUGAUUCUUCUUCAAUUCCCCUUAUUUGCUACCUACAGUACCUUUAUUUAUGAGUUAUAGCAUAUUCCUUUAGCAGGUCUGAGGUGAGCCCCUGAAAACAGGAUAAUGUUGCUUUCAGUGGACUGUCUGCAAUGCCCCAAGGUGCCUGCCGUUCAUUCCUAAGGGAAGUUCAUAAAGCCACUGGCCCCAGAGCUCAGGGUUAAGAGCACCAAAGCCAAGAUUGGCUCAGAGAUUCCCAGAGAAGCUGCAGCCUGCCCCGGCCCUGGUCCUCAUUGCCCAAGAGACUGUGCACAUGGAAACCCAAAGGCAUAUAGAUCUGCAUCUGUGUGGUAUUUGGUCUUAUCUUUGUCAACCAAUUAUUUUUUUAUAAGUUACAAGUUGGAAUUUAAUAUUGCCAUAAUCUUCUUGUGUGUCCACCAAAGGGAAACCAGCCAUUUACCAUUUUGAAAGUCUCCUGCUGAGUAGGGAAAUCAGGCAGUAAGAGAAAGCCAAAAAGUGGAGAGAACUUUGUCAAGGCUGUCUUCAGCCGUCCUGCAGCUGGUGAACAGAGGAGGGCCUGGGCUGCAUGGGUUCCCCUCAGCCCCCAGCACUGCCUCCCUCCUCCCACUGGGAUUCUGGGAUCUCCAGGUGCUGCCCAAGGAGUUGCCUUGAUUAUGAGGGGGAGCCUCCAACUGGACCAGCUGAGAGCCCCCGAAGCGUGGGCCAGCCCCAGCCCUGCGCUCAGUCUGCCCGUGGGUCUGGCCUCCCCAUUGACCUCAGUGCCUUUUGUUUUCAGAGAGAGAUAGGAGCAGGGCGUAUGUGCCUGAAGUUCUGCUGUUGGUGUAUUUGCGCCAGGAAGUGGACAACGGUGGUGUGGGAGACUAGGCCAGGAGAGCCCUCACUCUUAGUACAGGGCCAUGGUCACCAACCUCUUCCCAUCUAGGUGCCUGAGUCUUGUUCCAAGAAGUGAUAUGAGACCACAUUGACAGGGAGGAUCAGUUUCCUGACUCUCUACGUUUGUACUGGCUUCUUGUUUAGGUUGAAUCUUAAAUUAGUCAAACAAUACCAGUGAGUAGCCAGGACCGCAAAGACACUCCAAUGCAGAGGGAGAAGGACUUGUAAUCUUCAAGGCAGGGCUGGUUUUCCAAUCCAGUCUCUGAGAAACCAUUUCUUUGUUGCCCCCUGCCAGUCUGUCUUGGGUUGGUUUGAGCCCACGCUUCUUCAUGUAGCCUAGAAGUUCCCUCCCUGACCCAGGCUGAGUCCACACUGCCCCUGAUCCUGGAAGGAAUGCUGACCCCUUGUCAUAUAGGAACUGUGCGCAGCCCUCAGAGCUGCAAGAGCAAAUCUAUUAAGACUUUUGUAAACCACAAAACCCCUGGUUUUCUGCCAUCUUGUGCUCAGCCUUAUCACUUCCCCCUCUUAAAAAAAUCUCUCUCCCUGCUGUAUAUUAAAGGGAGCAGGUAGAGAGUCAUUGCCCUUCCUCCCGCAUGUCUCUAACAUUGAUAGACAGCAUGGCUCCUGCUGCAACUGCUGUGAAUGCUGCUGAGAACCUCCCUCAAGGGGAUGGCUAUUUUAUUUUUGAGAAGGAAAAACAAAUCG